AUGUACGCUUUCGUGCGUUUCUUGGAGGACGACAUGUGCUACGCGUUAUCUGUGUCAGACGUGAAAGAUUUCCAGCCUGUGCACAAAAGAGAUUUUGAUGAUCAGAAGGUGUAUGUGGUGCUGAGAGGCGCAGGCCAGCCUGCCAAAGCACACAUCCUAGCCCUGGCAGAAAGCAUUGAGGAAUUUGAGCACAGUAUUAUGCAAAAGAAGAUGAAAAUACCCAAGAUGUCGAACAGGAACACAGUGGAGAAUCAUUUUGGUGAGGAGAGAGUGCCCCUUAGACAUAAAAAGGUCCAGUCACAGGAACAGCAGCGGGCGAGUUCCAACUCCUCAAAAAGCCUGGCUGCAGUGGUGGCACGGCUGGAGAGGAACGCUGUCAACUCGUGCACUGAGGGAGAGGAGCUGGACAGACUCACAACAGAGGAAGAGGAAGAGCAGGACGAGGCCGUGGUGCCUCGUGUCCUAUACGAGGAGCUGGUGCACAGCUACAGGCAGCAGGAAGAGGAAAUGAGACGCCUGCAGCAGGAACUGGAGCGCACACGCAGGCAGCUGCUGCAGCAGGCCAAGAAGCUCAAGGAGUAUGGCAGUCUGCUGACCGAAGUCAAGGAGCUGCGAGAUUUCAAUCGACGCCUGCAGGACGUCCUGCUCAUGAGGCUUGGCAGCGAGCCGAUGCACGACAAUGGCACACAGACAAUCAAAGCAGAGGUGGUAGAGCCGAUCAGUGAACCACAGGAGGUGUGUCAAGAGGAAGCCAACACUAGCUCCACCCACUCCCCAUCCCCGAGAACCGUCUAUACCUUCAAUGAUGGAAAAGUGCACUUGGGUGGAGGGAUUUGGGUGGAGGAGGAGAAGUGGCACCAGCUACAGCGGACACAGGGAGACUCGAAAUUCACCAAAAACCUGGCGGUGAUGAUCUGGGGCACGGAAACCCUGAAGAACCGCAGUGUGACUGGCGUCGCUACGAAGAAGAAGAAAGAUGCCCUGCCCAAACCACCGCUCUCACCGAGCAAGCUCAAAAUUGUUAGAGAGUGUCUGUAUGAUCGUGUGUCUCAAGAAACUGCUGACAGCGCGGAGAUCACCCAGCGAUUAUCCAAAGUGAACAAAUACAUCUGCGAAAAGAUCAUGGAUAUCAACAAAUCUAUCAAAAACGAGGAGCGACGAGAGUCCAAGCUUCUCAUCCAGCAGACGGUGAAGAUGGAGAACUUCCCCUAUGACGGUCUGUAGGGGGCGAUGAAGUUGUCACCAUAGCUCAUUCUACUCCUCAAGGACUUCUGGUGAACAAGGUGCCCGUAAUCACCGGCGCUGCCAAUUGAGAUUUCCACUGAUGCCCUCCCCAGACCUCUCUGUCUUUUACUCUCGUAAACCCUGUUUCACAGCCUGUCUGACAGUUUUACCUCUCUCCGCACUGCCUUGGCAUGCUGAUGUGCAUUCUUUGAGUCAGUGGGGUGGGUUUUUGUAAGCUUUAAUGAGGGGAUCUCGGGGUGGGUUGGAUAUUAAUGCCUGAUAGACAGGAGCGAUCCUUUAAAUCGUGUGCGAGAAAAAUGUGUUUGGCACAUCAGCUUGUGUUCUGUGUCAGAACAUGUCCUAAUGUACUAAAGAGGUUUCCCUUCUGAAAAAGUCUUGUUUCAGGAGGAUGUUUGCAAGGUGUCAUAAAUGCUGGCUUAGCGUCGAGUCUUUAGGGGGGGUAGGUAGAUCACUUCACAGGGACCAUAUGCUAAAGGUACUUAACAUAAAGAGUUGCACUUUAAACAGGGUCACACCCUGCGCCGUCUUAAUGAACGAUUGAUUUAAUUAAUCAAUCUAGGCCUAAUUGCUCCUGUUAAUUGCUUUCCUGAGAUGACUACUGAUGGUCUGUUCUUGAUGGUUGUUAGGGGUGGAAAGGUCACAUGUAGUCAGUGGUGCUAAACCGUUUUCCUGGAAGAUGAAUUGGCAGUGUUUCUUUGGAGGUGAGCAACAAAAAGGUGAAUCAAUUGCUCUUAAAGGUUAAAUUGAGACUUUUUACAGUCUUCAGUAGACACCUUAUGUUUGCUUUAGGCUAUGCCUUCAAGUCCUGUUGGGAAAGUCCUGUGGUUUUGAAGUGUUCAUGACAUUUAUACUACUGUUCAAAAGUUUGGAGUCAGUAAGAAUUUUUUUUUUUUUUUUUUUUGUAGAACAUGCAGUAAAAACUAAAUUUUAAAACGUCAUUUCUACUUGUGAUGGCAGAGCUGAAUUUCUCCAUUCUUCAGUGUUACAUGAUCCCUAAGAAAUCAAUAAUAUACUGAUUUGGUUGCUCAAGAAACAAUUUCUACUGUUAACAAUAUUGAAAACAAUUAUAAUAUUUAUAAUAUUUUUGUGUGAACUGUUAUACAUUUUUUCAGGGUUCAUUGAGGAAUAAAAAGUUCACAAUAUCUGCAUUUAUUUUAAAUAAAAAUGUUUUUGUUGAAUAAAAGUGUUUUUCUAAAAAAAAUAAAAAAAAUUACUGACCUUUUGAAUAGCAUGAACAUGAAUGUGUUGAAUAAAAAUUUGGAGCCUGAAGAAAAUGGCAUCAGUAAUUCAGAUAUGCUUUAUACAUACACUUUGUCUGAUUCAACUCUGAAGAAAGUAUUUAAUGCUGUAUUUUAAAAUAUACAUAAAUUCCUAUUAUUGGAGAUGUUGUGUACAAAAGAACCAGAGUUAACAACAAUCCAGUAAAAAUGACAUAAAAUGUCAAAUACGAUUCUUGUAAGCAACAAGAGCACAUCCAAUUAGUUUUCAGUGUACUGUAUGGACUAGCCAUGGGACAGGAGUUCUGUAUUAUCGGGUCUACAUAGAGGGAGACCACCUAAGACCUUUUACCAGCCGUAAAUUGCACUUGGGACGGAGGAUAAGUGGAAAUCAGAGCUGUGCUGCAGGGCCUUUUUCUAGCUGGCAAACAUUGGGAACUGUGUUCUCCGUUUUAUAGCAAGCUGUGAUUGUAAUAUCUGCUGAUAUUGCGUUAACUGCACUUUGGUGUAGAGUGUGGAGAGAUGCCUGGCACCAUGUGUGGAUCUGGGGUAAAACUGUCAGCAGUGCUUGGGGGUUACACAUUAGCCUCAUCCGUCUGGUCUCAGCUUCAGCCCACCUGUAGAGGGCGCACUCAUUAGGGGAAGAAAUAAGAUAUCGUGACAACUUUCAAUGAGCCAUCCACACUUUAGUCCUUUGUCUCCCUUUGCCAUCUUUAUUUUCAUCACAAACAGUUUAGAAAUAAAGACCCUCUUGCAGAUGUGGGUUCUUGACUGUGAUGCCAUAUCGCUUACUGUGAAUUAACCACAGAUCUGCCACGCAAAAGCCUCCCUACCUUUCUUUUUUUUUUUUUUUAAUCAAGUACAUUUAUUAGUGGGGAGAACAUUUCAGUGUAUACUUGGAAUAUAUUCUCAUGUUUUUGAACAUUUUCGUCAUUUGCACCCAGGCUGCACCUUAUCUCACUAAGCUUCUGGUUCAAAUCCGAGUCAGACAGUGUUGUAAUUCUGUCUUUAUCCUUGCUGGUUCAUAUAUAGUUUAUUAUCAUUUCUACUUUUACAGUGUAUAUGUGACGUUUCGCUAUUAACGUAGAUCCUGGGUACUCGUAUUUCUCAAAGACUGCAGGGCUCUUCACGAAUACAUCAUCUCUAAUGACAGAAACCCAUAUCUUAAAUUGAUUCCAUCAUGGAUUUUUUUUUUACCGCAGGUAUCUCGAUGCUUCAAGAACUUCAGUUUAUAAAUUUCACCUCACUGUGAGUCACUUAUGGGCUAUCAUUUCAUUUGGAGUCAUUUCCGUCGAGAGGCAGCCGUCGCCCGCCUUUCUGUUCCAAGGAAGUCAUUGUCCAUUUUUGACAGCGUAGCACUUUAAUCCUUAGGAGAAAAAAAAAAGUAUAAAACUCCAUCAGUGUUGGUUUUCUUUGUUGUGAUUUACCCAAGCCAAUUUAAAAAAAAGAAGUCAACAAACAUUUAACAAUGCUUGUGAAAAGACAUUCAAAAGAAAACACGAAUCAGCUAUCAGUUUUCUGCCACUCACUAGCAGUUUAGCAGCCAUUUGUUUCUCAUUCUCUCGAGCAUGUAAAAGCGAUUCCUUUCUUUCUUACAGCGACGUACCUCCAAUAUGUCAAGGUAAUUACGGGAGAGGACAGAUUGUAAUAAGGAUUCUUUUGUUCCACUGAAUGUCUUUCUCUUCUUUUUUUCUGUAGAUAUUUCCUGUAUUGUGUGAUAUGUAUUGCCACACUUAUUGAAUAUUUGAUGUUCCAUAAUGAGCGUACGUACUGUGUGGGUAUACUGGAAAAUGGUGGUUUUAGGUGUGCAGAGGGUGAAUGAUAACAAAACUUUAUCAUUGGUCCAUGUGGUCAUACUUGUGAUGUGGAGAUUUACUAUUGGAUUCGUUGCCUUGAAAAAGAGUACAGCGUUAUGUAUUGCCCUUUGGUUGGUUUUUUUAUUUUGUUUUUUUUUGUGCCUCGCAGCUGCUCAGAGACUAAAUUCGGGCACGGAGCUGUUGAGAUCCGAGGAAAAUUAAAAAUUAAACAUUUCCACAGUUGUGAGAUCAAACCCAUGAAUCCCAUCAGGGAAAAUCUGACUUUUAAAUACAAUCAUGUACAGUAUUUAUAGGCUAAAAGGCUACAAAAGUGUAGCCUGGCGGAGGCUGUUUAUCUCUUCUGGGAGACCGUGGUGAGGCUGGUGCCUAUGCUUUCAGUGGCUAUGUAAUAGCGGUGCUUAGCUUUGAGCUGGUCUCUGCCCGUGGAAAACGGCAAGUCCGGUGCAAAGCGCAUGAGGGAUCAACAUAUCAUCCGAGUUGUUCUCUGUGUGUUGUCCAAGAGAUGUCAUGUCAGACGAGUUUCGUCCAGUCUGAGUGUUGGGGGUUUGUGUUGUUCUGUUGAAAAUAAGCCAAAGUGGAAUCUCAGCAAUGGACAGUCUUUGACAGUUUUAUUUUAAGUAUGAACUUGCACAAAAAAAAAAGCCCCUGCUAAGGCUAUCCACAGUUAUCUAAGCUAAACCAACAGGAAAGAAACAGCCAGAAUAUAUUUUUACUGAAAAAAGACGAUUUUACGAGUUGUUGCUGUGCUGUCGACAUCUUUGUUGUCUGAAUUAUGUUGUUUUCUGUUCUGUAUUAAAAGAGAAUUAAGCUUUAGAUAAUGGAUAUAGCUAUAUUGUUCAGAUUGAAAUUAUAAUUUUUUCUUCUUUUUUUUCUUUAUGAUGCCAAAAAAGUAGUGUGCGCGGACAUUCUUGGGGAGAAAAAAAAAGUAAGCAUUGCUUUGCUUCACUAAGCUACAUUCUGAGAUUGUCAAUCAAAUGCUGAGGACCCGCCCACAUGCCGCAGCAAUUCCAAAAACUGCCCAGUAUUCCGCUAUAGCAAGAACAGCAACUUCCUGUUGCGCUUUCACUUUUUUCAUGAUCAAAAUUACAAUAAAGAACCCUACUCAGAGUCAGUCUUAUUUAACAAACAAUAUUCUCAACUCUACUAGUGAAAGAAAUGUAUUUUUGAUAAAACACAAGUUCAGGUUAUUCUUAGUCUGAAAACAAGCUUGUAGAGUCACAGUCCUACCUCAUUGCUGCUCAUCGUCUGUGUUCCUAGGACAGUCUUGCCACUCUCAUACCUUGUUCAGAUAUAUAUGUAUGGUAUAGAUUUAUUUCAGAUAUUGCAUGGCAGUAGAUAGUGUUUCCUUGCAGUAAUUAAAUUUGUAUCCCAUUGAUGGUGCUACAGCAGGCAUGGGUGGUCUAAUCUGUGUUAUGUACCUCAGAUGGUGCUAAUUUUUCUACUUUUUCUGGAGGCCGUUCCGCUUUGCAUGAAUAAAACUGGUUAAUGUUCAUUUUUUUAGCUGCAGGAUUUGGGGGAUAAAAAUAAAGCAUCAGAUAAAAUCUUAGGAAUUGCGUCCAGCAUGGCGUAAAAUUUUGUUUUUCAUAUUUCGAAUAAGACAAUACCUCUCUAACAAAUUACCUCACAUACUCUGUUCCAAAUCAACAGACUUUUAAAACCGUGCACGCAGGAUCUAGCCAUGGCCAUAUAAUCUUGUCUUUAUUGUACAAUACAAACCUAAUGCUGGAGUAAGAAGCCUAAUAAUCCAAACCAUCUACCUAAAUAUUACUGGGCAGUUGACUCUCACAAUGUGGUCCUCAGCAGUUAAUGUGAAAGUCAAUCCCACUGUAGAAAUACAGUGCAGCUAACAUGGUAGUCUGUCUUUUUGUGGUGAUGAUAUUUUGCAGUAUGUUAACGGAAGAGGGUUUUCUUAACUUACCAAAGUGGUUCCCUUCCAAAGAAAUUCUUUGUUGUUGUCUUUAAGAACUGUUUGGGAACAAAGUCUCCAAUCUGCAUUUCAGUUCAGUCUUGGAAAUAUGGGAUUUGUUAAGCGACUGCCACUCAGCGGAACAUAAAUACGUCCGUCCACAAAAAUACAAUCAGGCGUGGGUAUCUGUGACAUUUUAUAUUAAUAUAGACAGUUGAUUCAUUUAGAGCAUGUAACAUGCCAACUGAAGGCAAACUGAGUGAUUUUGUUUUUGCGAACACUUUCCUGUCAAGAUGUUUUUGAUGGUUCUACGUCAUGUGAAGCAAAUAUGUCUUGGGCUUUAUGAACUGACCUCAAGACCAGACAGUUAUUUCAGAAAUUGAUCGUAUUGCAUUUUCUUUUUGUGUCUUUAUUAUGUCUGUCAUCUCUUCAUUCUUGCUGCUGAAAAAUACCUAGAAACCUA